AAAUAGUAAUUUAAAUGUUAUAACUAGCGAACAUGUCAAGAGUGUUUAAGGUGUGUUUUAGUAACGUCUUGAGGAAGUUAGAGUUAAGUUUGAAGAGAGUAAUAUUAGCCCUGCUCGGUUGAAGUGAAGGAUAGCAUCGUACUGAGAGUAGCUGCCAUUUUAUGUCGAUUGUGAAUGAACGUGCGUGUUGUUAAUAAGAUAUUUUGCUGUGUUAUUUGUAUAAUGGGUUUUCUGUUAUGUAAUGUGUUACUUUUGUGAAAUGAUUGAACUAAAUGUUGACUUGAGAAUACAACACCGUAUCACUCUCGUGAUUAUUUCUCCCCUGUUUUCAGGGGCGUAACACAGAGACUUUAAACCAGGUGUAAUGUGUGCUCUCUGUCUGGUCUUGGUCAGUACCCGCGCUGCAGUAUCCUGUAUGUUUUGCAGUUGACCAAUGGCUUUCUUGGGUAGACCAGACAUGAGAGCAUUACAGUAGUCAAGCUUACUUGUGAUAAAAGCAUGGAUUAGUCUCUCUGUAUCAGCCUGAGAGAGGAACGGCCGCACCUUGGCAAUGUUCGUCAGGUGGUAAAAACCUAUUUGGGUUCUAGCCAUCCAAGUAUUUAAAUCACAAAUACAGUCUAAUCAUUUAUCCGUGGAAACCAAUGGCUUUGGAAUCAGUCUCUUUGUCAACAUGAAAAUGAAAAUCGCCCAACACAGUGAUUUUAUCAUAGUUCUCAAGGACAUUAGACAAUAGUUCUGAGAAAUCCGUAAAGAAAGUGGGGCAGUGCUUUGGUGGCCUACACAGGGUUAUAGCCAGCACUGGUGGCUGACAUUAAAACCUCUUAGAUGUAAAGUCCCCUGUUCAGGGGACCUGCAUGGUUCUGGUACCGGUUAUGAGCAACAUUUUGGCUUAUAGAUCGAUCUUUGGACGCCGUAGAUUGAAAUGGCUUGCCUCUCCAUGCUUCUCCUGAGUCUGUGUGACGUAGGAUGGGAUAUCUAAUCAAACUUUAUUUGUCACAAACUUUAUUUGUCACUCCCUAUAGGCUGUCUCAUCGUUGUCGGUGAUCAGGCCUACCACUGUUGUGUUGUCAGCAAACUUAAUGAUGGUGUUGGAGUCAUGUUUGGCCACACAGUCAUGGGUGAACAGGGAGUACAGGAACAGGAGGGGACUAAGCACACACCCCUGAGGGGCCCCAGUGUUGAGGAUCAGCGUGGCAGACGUGUUGUUGCCUACCCUUACCACCUGGGGGCGGCCUGUCUGGAUGUCCAGGAUUCAGUUGCAGAGAGAGGUGUUUAGUCUCAGGGUCCUUAGCUUAGUGAUGAGAUUUGUGGGCACUAUGGUGUUGAACGUUGAGCUGUAGUCAAUGAACAGCAUUCUCACAUAGGUGUUCCUUUUGUCCAGGUGGGAAAGAGCAGUGUGGAGUGCGAUUGAGAUUGCGUCAUCUGUGGAUCUGUUGUGGCGGUAUGCAAAUUGGAGUGGGUCUAGUGUAUCCGGGAGGGUGCUGUUGAUGUGAGCCAUGACCAGCCUUUCAAAGCACUUCAUGGCUACCGACGUGAGUGCCACGAGUUGGUAAUCAUUUAAGCAGGUUACUUUCGUUUCCUUGGGCACAGGGACUAUGGUGGUCUGCUUGAAACAUGUAGGUAUUACAGACUCGGUCAGAGAGAGGUUAAAAUGUCAGUGAAGACACUUGCCAGUUGGUCCGCUCAUGCUUUGAGUACACGUCCUGGUAAUCCGUCUGACCCCGCGGCUUUGUGAAUGUUGACCUGUUUAAAGGUCUUGCUCUAAUCGGCUACCGAGAGCAUUAUCACAGAGUCAUUCAGAACAGCUGUUGCUCUCAUGCAUGCUUCAGUGUUGCUUGCCUCGAAGCGAGCAUAAAAGGCGUUUAGCUCGUCUGGUAGGCUCGUGAGACGUUCACAGCGAUGGGGGCAGAUGUUUUGAUCAAGUGAGCUUUAAAAAAUAUCCAAAUUUUCUCUAACACUAAACACACAAAUAUGUAUUUUGCACUUUUAAGGAAGGUGGAAUUUUAUAAUUCAUUAUUUUAUCAUUUGAUUAUACUAUAUUUAGAAAGCAUUUAAGUAAUUUCAUGCCUUAAUCAGGUUUGUUGAAUAGGAAAUACAUAAUAUAAAAUCUUUCAGAUUUUCAUAUUUGUAUCAUAUUUGUACUGUGUAUUUGAGCUUGUUUCCUCAAAGUGACUACACCUCAGCAAUUAAAUUAUUUUUUACCAGAAAAGUUAGAUUUUAACCGUUGUUGGAGUAUGCAGCAUUACUAGUUAUUGUUUAUGGCCCUCAUGAUAAAUAAUUAUGUAGAUUACACUUUUGAACAGUAUAGCAUGAUAAACAAAAGACUCAAAGUCGCCAAAGAAAUGUCCUUACAGCCGAGAACAUUAGUAAAAAUAGAGGCUGUCUCCCCACCCUUUUUCCCUUUUCUGAUAGUGUAUGAAAAGCUGUAGUCCGAGGGGAGGCUUCAAUAAGGGCGGCACUACAAUCUGAAGACAGACAUGUUUCAGUGAGAAACAUGCAAUGAACUUUGCACUCCGUAAUGAGGUCAUUCACGAGAAUGGUUUUCUAGUGACUGCUCUAACGUUUAAAAGUGCCAUAUUCAAUGUGUGGGCCACUCUGCCCCUGGGGCAUCAGUCUUGAGGUAACCAAUGGAAUAACAAAUAAAUGAAUCAUUUUACAACCAUGUUUUCUGAAAGUCUCCAAUCUAUCAGAAUGGUAGGAGAUGACAGUUUUUAUAAACUCAGUAGAAGGCGGAUUUAGAGGAAGAUAAUUUAGUUUACUCACAAAAACCAUAGAGUCAUUUCUACGGGAGUUGAUAUGGUUUCCAAGUCCUCUGUUGCUUACUCUUCCUCUUUGCUUGGAGCACUACCAGACCCUGUCUGUCAGUCUCUAAAACAGUUUACAAUGUUGCCGGAAAUACUCCUGGAACCCCUGUGGUUAGGGUGAAUCCCAUGUCUUUAAAAAGUGCUGGUUGCUCCCACUUCAAAUCAAAGUUGUCACAAAAGGAAACAUUCCUGUCGUUGCAAAGUUUCUUCAGGGUCAGUGCCUCUUUGCUUGACAUCAUGGGGAAAUCAAAAGAAAUCAGCCAAGACCUCAGAAAAAAAAUUGUAGACCUCCACAAGUCUGGUUCAUCCUUGGGAGAAAUUUCCAAAUGCCUGUAUGGCGUUCAUCUGUGCAAACAAUUGUACACAAGUAUAAACACCAUGGGACCACGCAGCCGUUAUACCGCUCAGGAAGGAGACGCGUUCUGUCUCCUAGAGAUGAACGUACUUUGGUGCGAAAAGUGCAAAUCAAUCCCAGAACAACAGCAAAGGACCUUGUGAAGAUGCUGGAGGAAACAGGGACAAAAGUAUCUAUAUCCACAGUUAAACGUGUCCUAUAUCGACAUAACCUGAAAGGCUGCUCAGCAAGGAAGAUGCCACUGCUCCAAAACCGCCAUAAAAAAAAGCCAGACUACGGUUUGCAACUGCACAUGGGGAGAAAGAUCGUACUUUUUGGAGAAAUGUCCUCUGGUCUGAUGAAACAAAAAUAGAACUGUUUGGCCAUAAUGACCAUCAUUAUGUUUGGAGGAAAAAAGGGGAGGCUUGCAAGCCGAAGAAUACCAUCCCAACCGCAGAGCACGGGGGUGGCAGCAUCAUGUUGUGGGGGUGGUGGGGACUGGUGCACUUCACAAAAUAGAUGGCAUCAUGAGGCAGGAAAAUUAUGUGGACAUAUUGAAGCAACAUCUCAAGACAUCAGUCAGGAAGUUAAAGCUUGGUCGCAAAUGGGUCUUCCAAAUGGACAAUGACCCCAAGCAUACUUCCAAAGUUGUGGCAAAAUAGCUUAAGGACAACAAAGUCGAGGUAUUGGAGUGGCCAUCACAAAGCCCUGGCCUCAAUCCUAUAGAAAUAUGUGGGCAGAACUGAAAAGGCGUGUGCGAGCAAGGAGGUCUACAAACCUGACUCAGUUACACCAGCUAUGUCAGGAGGAAUGGGCCAAAAUUCACCCAACUUAUUGUGGGAAGAUUGUGGAAGGCUACCUGAAAUGUUUGACCCAAGUUACUACCAAAUACUAAUUGAGUGUAUGUAAACUUCUGACCCACUGGGAAUGUGAUGAAAGAAAUAAAAGCUGAAAUAAAUAAUUCUCUACUAUUAUUCUGACAUUUCACAUUCUUAAAAUAAAGUGGUGAUCCUAAAUGACCUAAGACAGGGAAUUCUUACUAGGAUUAAAUGUCAGGAAUUGUGAAAGACUGUGUUUAAAUGUAUUUGGCUGACAUGUAUGUAAACGUCUGACUUCAACUGUAUGUGCUUUUACCAAGCGACAGUACCCACAUUUUCUGAACAGCUCGGGACAUUACGCAAACCCAGUGAACCUGAUAGGAAGACAUGAGCCUGGAAUGUCUGAAAAACAGGCAGUAUACACAUAGAUUGUACAACACAUUUGAGACAGUACAACACAUUUGUGACACAAAGGGGAGUUUGUCUGCACAAAAAUGUUUACACAACCGUUGUCUCAAGUGAUUUAUACAUCAUUUGUACAACCUGAGUAUGUAGGGGGACAUAGUGUUCGGUUAUUGAAUACAGAGCCACAUUUCUGAACGCUUUGUUCAGAAAAUGCAAAGAAAAGAAAACAUGAUGGCAUCUUAAGUUCUUGCUUGAUUGGUUAUGGGUUCUAUUCAAGGUAUUGUGAGUUGAAUGGUAGGCAGGAUGGGGCUCAUAUUACACAUUGUUAUAGCUUCAGUCUUGAGUUUUCAUCUCAAAACACCCACAGUAAUUGACAUAAUCUGGUGAUCACAGUGACUAGGCAAAAAUAAAGAAUAAAUGCCAGCUUACCGGUCAACCAUGUAUACAUAGUGUUGUGCACCUUGCAAACAUGUGUUUUCAUUGUGUUUAUUGUGUUCAGUUGGGUAAUACACAGUAAUAUCAUGGGAUCAUGUGUUUGUAGACUGUUUGAUUUUGGGAUAAAGUGAAGUCCAUUUGAACAGGUGUUGGUCUUGGAUGGAUCAACGUGUUAGUAACCUAAACCACAAACACAGAUGAAAGUGAUGAUAAAACGAGGAGUCAAUUAUGACUGCCACUGAGGUCCUUUAGAUAAGAAUCCUGUCAGGUGUAGCCCAUUACUGCUUGGCUGUAACAAAAAACUGCACCGACACCAGCCCUGGCAGGUGACCAGAUUGCCCAAUCCUGGUUUAAAGUGAUGGUUAGAGUUUGUGUCAUCUUCAUACCAUUGUUCUCAUGCUACAUUAUGCCUAACGCAGACUUGCCCGUUAACACCUGAGCUUCACUCCCACUUUUGCAAUGAAGAUCUACAGUGUCUGUGUACAUACUGUACUUUCCAUUACUUUGCUGAAGGGAUGGGUUGUCACCCAGUGGCCCGAGAACAAAAUGUGAAGAAUUGGCACACUGGCUACCCGUCCUGCUUUACCCAUCCUUCCCGUAUAAAAACCCUGAUGUGUUGUCUGUCAGACACAGAGGAAUAGGUACAGCUCGAUCAGCUGUGCUGUUUUACACUGAACACUGUUCAUCGCUUACCUGAACUGAACGACUGAUCACCCAGAGACAACAUGAAGCUGGAGCUGCUGGUGGUGUUGGCUGUAGCAACCCUGGUUCCCAGCCUGUCUGAGGGGCUGCUGCUCUCCAAAUGUGAGCUGAAGAACAAACUGACAGAGGCUGCUGACCAAUUCAACAUGAAUGAGAAAAAUGCAGCAAAGGGUGUCGAACUGGACGACGUCUUGGCCAAAAUUAUCUGCAGUUUGGACCUAAAGUCUAGCUUAAACACCAGCCUUGUGACCAACCUUGUCCUGCGCAAACCUAUCCUGCAUAAACCCAAAAGGCGCCCCAUCAGCAGGAGACCUGUGAGACUGUUCGGGUGCAAACGUCCAGGUAGAGAUGUUGAGUCGAAGGAAGAUGGAGUCAGCUCUGAGGGAGAAGAGGACAAGCCUAGACCUAAUGGGAAGCCUGGGGGAAUGAGCCCAAGACCUAUAGGAAAGCGCGGGGGAAUGCAACCAAAACCUAUUGGGGAAACAGAGGGAGUGAGCCCAAGAUCAGAGAGGCCUGAGGGGAAGAGACCAAGACCGGGACCGAGACCAGGGAGUCCUGCGAGAGGAAGGAACAAGCGUGAGGCCGAGGAGUCCACUGGUGAUGAGGAAGAACAUGACAAAGUUGAGGCGCAAGAAAGCAAAGCGGCUGAGGAGGAAGAGUUUGGCGGCUAUGAGGACGAGGGUGAUGAAGAUGAGGUUGACGAGGAUGAGCUGGACGAGGAGGACCUGGAAAAGUUAGAGGCGGAGCUGGACGAGCAAGAAGGAGAGGAACUAAAUGAAAGAAAGGGGAACAGGAGGAAGAGACACAUCCCAAAGCAGUUCAGAGGUCACGGACACAGCCGUAAGCCGAUGCGCAAGCCAUUCAGGCCAUUCAAGCCGAUCAAGACCCUGUCCAGCUUUUUUGGUCUCUUCCAGCUGAGCAAUCGCCUCGCCUGCAUCUCCUCCAACACCACUCGCUCUCUCAAUCUCUGUAAGACAGAGUGCAGCUCCUUCGUUGAUGAUGACAUCCGUGAUGACAUUGCCUGCUUUGUGAAGUCUCAUGCCUGGAUGAAAGCUCUGAGGUUCCCAUGGAAAUGUGCCAAGCUGCAAGCCUCUGAGUACUUUGAGUGUGACCAACCACUUAAUAACAGUACUAUGAGUACUUUGAGUGUGACCAACCAUUUAACAGUACUAUGAGUACUUUGCAAACAACAACAUGGCAUUUUCCUUCUCUGAAUUCUUAUCUUCUGCUAAAAGCGCCACUUAGCAGAUAUGCUACUUUCCAUCACUUCUAGAUGGCGUGCUAGGAAGGAUUUGAGCCCGUUUUCCUUGGGACAACAAGUGCCUCCUAUAGACAUUAGGCAACAAUAUCCCAUUCUCGUGCUCUCCUCCAACUGUCCAACUACCACCAGUAAGGAAGUUCAAUUGAACAGAUGCCAUUUUGUUGAAAAUGUCUCCUUUGUUGCUUGGUAACAUUUCCUUCUUUGAAAAACCAAAAUACAUAAAAUUAUCAUAAAGUAUUUUGGUUUCCAGUGUAUUAUUUCCUACAUGCCAAUAUCUGAAUGUCUGUACAUUGCUUGUGUGUAUUAAAUAAAUACAAUUCUAUUAAAUGAA